AUGGAGGUCUCUGGCGGCAACAUAAAAGACCUGGACCGAUUCUACAAUGAACUUCGACGGAAAUAUCCGAACACCUUUACCCUCGCAAGCGACCUGGGAAAGGGGGACAAAGCGAUACAUAAACUGCCACGGCUAGAUAAGCUGGCACCCCAGACACCAUUCGGGCUUCUGCCAAGUUCCUCGAGUUCCUUCCCCUCCCAAAGAUGGACUCCAGACAGCUUUCUCUACAAAGUCCAAUCCCAGAAAACAAUCUAUGGACAAAGUCCAGAAGGACAAACGUCCCACAGUGGUGGCUCUGUCGUUAUUCAAGGCAAGCCGGUUUCUGUGCCAAUGGGUGACAGAAGAGAUUACCCGGGAGCCCAAAAUCGGGUCUCAUUCCGACUUCCUAGUCUAAGGAGUCAAGUUGAACAAAACAAAGCCGAGCUGAAAACCAGACUCAGUACCCCAAAAGCAGCAGGCGAGCCAAAGACCCAGCAAAACAGUUCAACAAAUCCAUCUAAUGAGACAAAAGCCUUAAAGCCCGGUGACGGCGUUUCAAACAACCCUGAUGGCCACCAAAAGCCUACUGGGAUCCAGCCAGAUCCUCUGGGAACCAUCAUGAAGGAACUUUUACCCAACAAACCCGGCAGGUUAAUGAACGAUCUGCCUAAAGCCACUCCGUACAAAAAUGGUAGAAUCUCUCCAAAUGCUGUACUCUUGGUUGUCAUUGUUCAGCCUCUACCGAAAUCGAGAAGUCCACAUGGGCCUCCAGCUUCAAGUGACAUUAUCAAGAAGUUCUCGGCCAAACCCAAAGUCACACAAGGACCUAUAAAAGCCAACCAUGGAAUAAUGCCAGAAACAGGCACCGAAGCUCAAAGGAUUCCAGGAAAGACGGAUGAGGACGAGUCAAGCAAGAGGUCCUCAGACGCGUCUCAGAAGACACAGCAAAGGCCAUCAACUUCUCGAGUGCGUUUUGAAGAUGAAUCCGAGCGAGAAGCAGAAUCUCGUUACCAGGAAAGAUGUCUUCUGGGAAGGAAAGAAGCGUUUAAAACAGAAUGUUUAGGGGGUAAACCCAUAGGAGGGCAGGAAAGACUGAAGACAUGUGACCCUGUUGAACAGUCUUCUUCUCUGCCAUGGCCUAGGAACCAGCAGGCCAUCAGCCAACACGCCGUGACACUUCCAUAUCGACGUCAGCCGUUCCCACCGAGCGUAGCAAAGAAAGUGCUGAUCGAUAUUCCAAGAGGCGCUGCUCCUAAUAAACGGAUAUUGCAUAGGGAAAGGUUGUUGGCAAUGAAAAGCGUGGUUGACAACGAGUUAUCACCAAGAUAUCAGAAAGAGACAGCUUCUCUUGAUGGCAUCACUAUGAGCUUUGCCAGUACAAAUGACCAAUGGAAGGCACAGGGGAACGUGGGAAGGAGAGCCGAGCAAAAUAAAGACCAUCAAAGCACCUCAUCUAUGGAAACCAUCGAGAGCGGAACCACAGAGGUUUCGUCCGACGUCACAAUAAUGAGAAUGGAAUGGGGAGGUUCUGGAUCCUCGAUCAGUGAUGAAAAUCAGGAGUGCUCUCCUGCCCAGAUCCAUGACAAAAGAUUGGGCGAUCCAGCAACUGGAAGUCAGCUAAUGAGAAAUCACAGAAAAGAAAGUGCCACAGAAAUAUCCUUUUACAGCAAGAUGAAGCGGAGCUUGCAUGUCAAAAUGAAGCUGACAUCUGAUACAAAAAAGCUCAGCGGUAGCAGCCAAUCAGAAGGAAGUGAUCUCCUGGAUCUGAGUUCUCAAAAUCUAGGAUCUGAUCUCGAGCCCCCCCGGUCACUCAUGUAUGUUGGCAGGUAA